UAAAAUAAAUUAUAUUAAAUAUAAUAUAAUAUAAUAAAUUAUAAUAAAAUAAAGAGCUACAAUUUAUGAAAAAGGAAAUAAAGAUAAAAUAUAAAAUGAUAAAAAAAUAACAAAUGAAAUGAAUAUCGCUAUUAAAAGUGUAUCAUUAUUCAUGUGUAUGAAAUUAUGUGUAUAACAUGGUCAUCAUAUUUGCAAUAAUUACAUCGCGGUAAUAUUAUUAUGUUAUGCUUAAGACUAUUUUCUCAAUUAUCAUUUGAUUAAUUUCAUGGAAUAGUGGUAAUUUUCCUUCUUUAUAUAAGUAUGUAUAAGUAUCAUUUACAUAAGGUGUUUAUUCCGUAUCAAACGUAGUAAUUUAGUUUUUAAAUCCAAGGAGAUAUUAAAACGUAUGGUUGUGUAUCCAAAUCUUAUACCUAUUUUCCAUGUAGUAUAUUAGUGAAUUAUGAGCUUAUUGUCUCCAUCGCUUCAUGCUCCUUCUUAUUGCUUUUUGAAAAACUCCCUAUUUUCUAAUGGUUUGGAUUGGUAUUUAUCAGUCUUUUAACGCAUUUGCUGGUUACAUUACUUUAAUAAAAAAAUUAAAUAAAUUAAAAUGGUCUUUUCGUGUUACAUGUAUAUUAGAAUUUGAUUUCAAUUAUAAUUUGCAACAGUUACACUUCAAGAUUCUGAAGCUUAUACUUGUUUAGCGUGGUAUUAUUUUUAACAUGAAAAGAAAUCGCAGUAUACAUAGUACAUAUAUACAGAACAAGUAGCACAUAUGCAACUUAAUCUAGAUAAUAUUGACAAUAAAUAACUAAUAAUGGGAAGUUAAAUGCGCAUUUAUUAAUAUUUCUAUUUUACGGUACGCUUCAAUCAAUAUCGCGAUAUUUUACGAAAUACUACAAUAAAUAUUAAUACAUUGCUUUUACUUUUUGUGUUAUGAAAAAUAACUAAAGAAAACAAUCGAGAAGUUAUAUAAAACGUGUUUGAAUGUAAAUAAAGAAGAAUAACAAGAUUAUGGAAAGAAUACAUGCUACAAAGAAUGUUAUUCGUUUUUAUUGAAACAAUGUAAAAAGGACAAUGUUAAGAAAAUAUUGCUGCAUAUUUUGUAGAUGAAAGUAUACCAAUAGGUUUUCUACAGUUGAAUAUAUUUAUAUAUUUGAUUAAUGGCAAGUAGGUGAAAAGAUGAAACUUGAAAUUUAGUUACUGCUUUUUUAUAGCGACAAUACUUUCUCUUUAUCUUGGUUCGUUAUCACGAUGCGUAAUACAUUAUACAUAUGUAUAUCGUAUCUAUGAAACAUAUACGAACAUUGUGCAUAGUAUGAUUCACACUGGACUUUGCGCGUAUUUUUUGAUGGUUUCUUUGUUACAAUAUAUCUUUGUUUUCAAUCAUGUAAGCUAUCAUAGAGGAAGUUAUUUCUUAACGUAUAUGAGUUUCAAUUACAAAUUACUUCGUUUCAGAAUGUAGAAAUGUAGUAAUGUACAAUAUCGUUAUAGUACCACCCGAUACAUUCAUGUACGUAUAAUGUUAAGAAUAGGGAGACGGUUAAAGCUAUUUCAACUUCAGUCUUUUACAACGAUCUGCCGUGUACUGAGCGUUCGACUGUCCCUACGAGUAUUCCCAUUUUCAUUCAGUGACUCUCUUCUAAACAGAAAACCGUAUGGCCUUAUUAAUGUUUUAGAUCUUCAAUAAUUUUAAAAUUCGUGUUGCUCUGACCAUUACACGUUUAUUAACUCGUUUUCGAUAAAUCUUGCUGCUAUUUCUAAUUAUGUGUAUUUGACUUAAUUAAUUGAGUGAAAUUUAUCUAAAUGGAUGCUCAUACUUGAUCGAUUUAUCCAUAAAAAUGUUUCGUAAUCAUUUAUGAAAGGGAAUUUUUAACGCGUGAAAUUACUGAUCAAUCAUGUCCACAAAAUCGGAGUGCAAGGAGAAGCAGAGCAGCGAUGGAAUGCAAAACACCCCAGUAUCACCAUCAUAUUCAAAAAUAACAACCCCUAUUGACAUCGAAUUCAAUGACUUAACUUAUACAGUACCUUGUGGUAGAAAAGGUACAAAAGUUAUAUUAAGAGGAAUUUGUGGACAAUUUAAAUCUGGAGAAUUAACCGCUAUAUUAGGUCCAUCAGGCGCCGGAAAAUCCACCUUAUUAAAUAUUCUCGCAGGAUACAAAUCGGCUGAUAGCGUUACGGGACACAUAAGUAUCAAUGGACAAACACGAGACGAGAAUUAUUUUAAAAAAAUGUCAUGUUACAUAAUGCAAGAAGACCUUCUUCAACCAUGGCUUACAGUACAAGAGGCAAUGCAAUUUGCUGUAGAUUUGAAACUUGACAACAUUUCCCAAAAAGCAAAAUCGAUCGCUAUAGAUGAAAUUCUAAAUAUUUUGCGAUUACGUCAUGCGAAAGAUACAACUACCGAAUGUCUAUCGGGUGGGGAAAGAAAAAGACUUUCGAUCGCUUUGGAACUCGUGAGUAAUCCUCCUGUUGUGUUUCUUGACGAACCAACUACAGGACUAGAUGAAAUAUCAGCUGCACAGUGUACCGACCUUUUAAAAUCUUUGGUGCGACUGGGGAGAACGAUAAUCUGCUCCCUCCAUACUCCAAGUGCAAGCAUUUUCGCAAAAUUCGACCACAUUUAUGUUAUAGCCGCUGGCCAAUGUAUCUAUAGAAGCACUGUACAUAAUCUAGUACCAUUUGUUCGACAAAUUGGUAUCGAAUGCCCAAAACACUAUAAUCCUGCCGAUUUUGUGAUAGAAAUAUCUGCGGGCGAAUAUGGUUCAGAAUGGAUAAGUCGAAUGAUAAAUGCUGUGGACACGGAAUUUCCUAUCGUUCCUGUUUCUCGACGAACGAGGUUCGAAUUUCAAUACAAAGCAAAAAUAUCGAAAGUGUCCUGGUUCAAACAAUUUGUUGUUCUAUCGAAAAGAAUGUUAUUACAGUUAGGUAGAAAUAAGAGUUAUAUGUACUUAAAAAUAAGUUUAUAUAUAUUCCUGGGCUUCGUCGUCGGUAGUUUAUUUUUAAACAUUGGAAACGACGGGUCAAAAACCUUAUCCAAUUUUACUUUCUGCUUUGCUUGUUUGAUAAUUCUCCUCUAUGUACCUAUGUCACCGGUAUUAAUGCACUUUCCUUCGGAAGUGCAAUUGGUUAAACGAGAAUAUUUCAACAUGUGGUACGAUUUGAGUCCCUAUUAUUGUGCAUUUACAAUAGUUAAUAUACCUGGACAGAUAUUACUAUCAUCGAUAUAUUUAUUGAUGGUAUAUGUGAUCACAAAUCAACCUCUGGAGUUGUCCAGAUGCGCAAUGUUUUUUAGUAUUUGCUUCAUGUGCGCGUUUAUCGCAGAAAGUAUGGCAUUAGUUAUAGCCAGCACGCUGAACAUCGUGAAUGGUACAUUUGUUGGGCCUGUAAUUUCCACUCCACUAGUGUUGGUAGCUAUACAAGGAAUCGGUGAAACGGAAAGUUUAUCUAUCUAUCGUAAACUCAUAAUGUAUCUAAGUUACAUUCGAUAUGGUAUAGAAGGUCUUGUAGUUGCUUUGUACGGUUACAACAGAGAAAAGCUAUACUGUUCGCCUGCGGAAAUAUUCUGCCCCUUCGGAACACCUCGACAAGUUUUACUAACAAUGAAGAUGGAACAUGUGGUUUUUUGGGUUGACAUUAUCGCUUUAAUAAUUAUCCUUAUCUGUCUAAGGGCUCUCUCCUAUUAUUUGCUUAGACAACGACUUAAGCCGAAUAAAAUGUUUCAAGCAGUUCGUCUCAUUGGAAGGAUAAUAAAAAAUCAUUUUAACAUCGACAAUUAAAACCUAGUCUUAUUUUAUAGUAGAAAUAUACAAAAUAUUAUUUUCAAAAAAGUAAUCUCGAUCUUUUAUGAUUUUUUUCCGAAUGUGAUGAAAAGAAGAUCACAUAACUAAAUUUAAUUUAAUGAACUUAUAUUGUAAUUACAUAUAAGCAAAUCCAUGGCUACUAGUGAUUUUAAAUGAUUUUGUUCAUUCUGCCACUAAUUAGGUGCAAUCAAUAAAAUGAUCUGAAAAGUUUAAAGUAUUUACAAUAAUAGCAUUUUGUUUCCUUUUAUUUCAUUAUUGGAUAUAUUUUGUAAUACUGGACGCAAUAUUAUAAAGAGAUUGAUUUAUGAAAUGUUAAUAGAAUAAUCUACUGAACCUCUUCAUUAAUAAAGCAGUAAUGAUAAAUGGUAAUAAAUAGCGAUAAAUGCAUAAUAAUGAAGAAUCAUUAAUAAUAGCCCUCAAUAAAAAAUUGUUAAUAUAUUACCAUGUUGAAAUUUCACAGAAACGCAAAGGUAUUAUAUUAUUGUAUUUUAAAAUAUAUAAAAGUUACGCAGUUCUCAUAUUAUUCAAACUGUAAUUUUCAAAUUCUCAAUUUCGAUUAUCGAGUGAUAUUAGUGUUGAAGACUAAAUUCGAGAAUAUCGAAUAGAAAAAUGCAAGUACAUAUAUACAUACAUUUAUAGCAUUGGCGUCGUCCGGUUAUUGAGCGACGAAAAUAUUUGGAAAACGAAACGUUCACAUACAUGAAAUGUAUAUAAAAUAGAGUUUAGCAGAUACAAAUAAGCGACAUAAGAUAUAAUCAAAUAAUAAUGAUAAUUCUGUUAUGACGAGUAAAGGUAUAUCGAAACAUCCUAAUGUAAGUUUUAUUCAUGAAACAAACAUACAAUUGUAACAUUAAGAUCUAAUAAUUCUUCCAAUUCUAACAAUUAACAUCUAAUAUUCGAAAAAAAUUUGAUAUUCCUAACUUUUCUUGUAAAUAAAUGAGUGAGUU